AUGUCGAUCCAGCUUCAAAGUCCUCCUCCGAAACGACUCCUUGGCGAUCGAUCGCGGGAGCGAUCGAUUCCGACCGCGCUCGUCGUUCCACCUAUUCCCUUUCCGUUUCUAGUUUUUUUUUCCUUUUCUGGAAAGCCCAGUCGUCCGCCUAUUCCCUUUCCCCUUUCCAUCCCCUCCUCCACUGCAGCUGCCCUGCUGCCCCCUCCUCGGCGAGGCGCCUCACGAGCGCCGCGAGGUCAGCGCGGGAGCCGCGCCCGCACGAGCGCCGCGAGGGAGGUGGCCAAUACGGCGAGGCGCCGCGCCCGCACGAGCGCCGUGAGAUCAAAGUGCAGCAGCAGCCAAUACGGCGAGGCGCAGCGACUGCACGGGCUCCGCGAGGUCCAGGGGCGGAAGCAGCCAAUACGGCGAGCGGUGCCUGUCCGGCGACCAUACGGCCUCCGCGGCGUGCUCGACCUUGCUCCUACGCCUCCUACCCGGGCUGGACCUCCCCCCGGGCGUCGUCCCCACCCGCAUCACCAAGCUCCCCAACGGCGUCCGCGACUCGGCGUCGCCUCCGAGGAUUUCCAGGGAGCAGCACAGGGAUGGCGAUUUUGGCAGCUCUGCUCUGAUGAUGCCGUCAGAGCACAGCUUGCUCGUUUUCAGCAUGAGGAAGAAGAUGAUUUGACAGGGAGCAGCACAACUUGCUUGUUUUGUUUCUCUGUAGCAAGUUAUUCUAUAAAUACUGAACACUAUGCAAGGAAAUCAGCAGCUGCCAUUGUUCAAGAAUCAAAUUAUUGUAUGAAUUCUGAACAUUUGCAAAGAAACUGUUGCUCCUUUGGAUCGAUGCCGGAGGCGGGACUGACUGACUCACCGCUGUUUCUUCAUCCGCAACACGUUCAGAUUAACACCGAGGCUCCCUGCCGUUCACAGCGUCUUGCCAAGUACAAUACUACAACCAGCUUCUGAGGAUCGAGGAGGAGCUGGGCGACGCUGCGGUGUACGCUGGCCUCAAGUUCGCCUGACUUCCAUCAAAGUGUAAUCAUGUUGUACACAGUACACUGUUCUCCAUCGGCGUCGACUCCCAAGCAUCGGCAGCAGCUGGCAUGACGAGCACUGCACAAGGUCCCUGCUGCCUGCUGACUGUCAAUGGCUCCCUUCCCUGCUGCAGGUAGCAUCUUCACUUAUUCAGUUCAGACAUGCAGAGCAAAAAAUAUGUGGCCAGCUGAAUUCUAAAUAACGACGUCAGUUCAGACAUGUUAAGAGAAUCAGCAGAUUUCAUUGUUAAGAGAAUGAGCUAAUUCUCUGAAAAUCGUUUUGUUUUUCUGUAGCAAAUUAUUGUAUGAAUUGUAAACAUUUGUGCAAAGAUACUGUUGCUCUGAACAUUAUUCAAACAACAGAGAUAGAGCACAGUCUAUUGGUAUAUACAUGAGCAUUAAGCUAGGAGAAUUCUUAGCUAAUCCUUGAUGAGACAUUGGUGUGCUGAAUUAUCUCUGUUACCCACCAUAAUUUAUUUUUUUAUAUGAAAUAUGCAUGCUUGUAUGUGUUGUCCCAUUUUUUAGUACUUGCGGUGUCAUCUUCAAUUUUUUUUCUCAUAAAUUAUGAUUUUGUUUAGUUAUAAAUUUUUAGGUUUCUAAUCUGGUGCCUGCUACUCCUUUUGACCAUUUUUGCAGGUCGUAGUUGAAAUAGACCCACAAGACAGAAAUCAGCUCCGGAUUAGUCCUUCCGAAGCUGAGUUAUUUUACAUCAGUUUACCCCCUUUUAGCAGCUGCCAUUUUUUUCGGAGGAGAAAUUCAUUCUCAGAUCACAAGAACCACAGAACCACAGAACACCAAGGGUAGCAGAUUCUCGCUACUCCUACUUCAAGAAUAGCGUGGCCUCCGAACAUUCAGCAAAACAGGGACAUUGUGAAUUUACUAGAUUGCGACAAGUCUACACAGGGAAUAGGCCGAGUUUGCAAUGAGCAGCUUUGCAGAGCUACUAUGGCCUGAGUUCUCAAAGAGGAGAUGGCAUGGAUUUAAGUACAUUAAUGUCCUUGUACAGCAAGGGAAGCUCCCAAGGUAUUGGAAGUGAAAUACUCCCAAAUUCUUCUUCUCCGCCUGACAGUACACAAAGCAUUGGAAGAGGCAACUGGGCGACCAAAGAAUUAGUUCAUUGGUUCCAUACGCCAUGGCAGAAAGUGGAGGCCGAUCCCCAGGAUGACCCUUUCUGCCGGAUUCAAUUAAGAUGACGAAAAGUUUUUUGCCAAGGCCUUUUUUCCAGUAUGCGUUUGAAUAUGGACACAGACUCAAAGAACGGUGGGAUCUUUAUGUGGUCGGGCUCCAAGUGGACCUUCAACCAUGAGUCCUUCACCUGUCCGUUGCUCGACGGUCUGCCCAAACCUGUGCCGGGUCGUAGGAUGAAAGCUGCUUUUACUGAGUUCUACUCAAUGUAGCGGCGCAAUAGGAGUUAUUUUUGUAUUACCGCUCUGCUAUUGCAAGCUUCAUCUGGAUCUGUUAUGUCAUCCAUAUGAGCUAAGUUGAGAGGGAAAUGGAAGAGGAGGCUUGGUUCGACAUGAUCUUCUGUCACGUCAAUCCUUGUUCCUCAGAGCGGCGAUCACACAACGGACGGGAUUAUGGAGUCGUCAAACGACAUUACAGUUGCAUCAAAGAUAGAAAGAAUCCUCAAGAUCCUGGUGCAUUCUUUUUUGCUGUCGAAACUGAAGAAAGAAAGUGCCAGAACAACAUCCUGUGUUCAUUUUCUUUUUAAUUUUCUUCCACGAGAAUCAUGGUUCUGUAAACACAGCAGCAGUUUCAAAAUGGCUCAAAAAGUACAAUGCAUUCUUUGU